GCUGGGCCAAAGAAGCUCUUGGAUACUUGAAUUUAGCAACCCAUAUCCGGGUUAGAGAGGAAAGGAAAAAGUUUCAUUUAAACCUGGGCGAGAACUUUCAAUAUGAAAUCACACUAUAGCAGUAGGCGCUGCCAUUGAGGCGUACUUGAUUCCGAUUGUCGAGUUGCCUGACAUACUUAAUAUUUUAAUGACAUUGUUUCGUUUUUAUUUAAUUUUCUUCGAUUUUCCCCUUCCUUUUUGAUAGCUAGCUGUUAAGUAGCUAGCUAGGCUGGAAUACUGCAUGAAAUGUUGACGUGAUCAUGGCCGCGCAAGUGGCACAAGCUCCGGGGACGAGUAAAAAUAAAAAAUCGGAUUUACCGAGUAAUUUGAGUCAAGAUAUAAAUUCUGGGAAGUCUUUAAGAGAGACUGUACAUGGACCUGGAACAAUAUUUGGGACUGGUGAUGGGACAAGCGAUGACAUGAAUAAUGUAGAUCGCCACCACCAUGAACUGAACAUGGCCAACAUAGCUCGCUCUUCUACCAACAACUCGGAUCUACGCGAAAAGGAGAGUGCGAGUAAGUCUGCGUCUUUAUCCGCGUCCAAUUCGAGCAUGUCAUCGAGCAUGGAGACGGGUUUGAUAGCGAAUCAUAAACUGAAAAAUGCUGGUGGAGGAGAUCCCCCUCCUCCGCCUCACCAUCACGCACACUCACAGCAGCAACAGCAACCAUUCAAUCAAUUUCAGCCGCACCAUCAGCGUCAAAUUCAAAAUAACAACAUCAACAGCUUGCAAUCGGCGCAGGGGGAAACUGGCAAUCGGCAACAUGGAGGGAAGGAGAAUAUUCUUGGAAAUCGGGUUGAACGACAGCAGUUGCUAAAUAAAAGUGAGGAGGACGAUCACCCGUGUAAAUCGGGAGACCGGAUGGGCAGCAGGUACGAUCACGCCGGCUUGGGAGCGACGAACAACUUCAUCAGCAGCAACCAGCCACAAAGUGCAGGAGGGAACAGCAACGUUUCUGAGUUUAAUAAUUAUUAUGGCGGUACCAGAGGAGGGCCUUGUCUUGAUCAACAUGGCGGACAACAAAGCCCUGGGAUGGGGGUAAUGCAUUCUUCGGCACCCAACAGUAUGGAUCAAGUGCAAAACUCCCACGAAGGCUAUCACAACAGCCAGUACAACCACUACCAGAACUACCGAGCUAGCUACGGUGCUGCAGGAUACGGUAUGAUGACCCCCUCGCUGCAGGGAAACAGCAUGAUGGGCCCGAGCAGCAAUAGUGCUGCAAGCCACGGCAAAGCUUCCGUGGCUGCUGCUUCUGGUUCUGGUGGCAACGUCGGGGGAUUUCAAAGAUUUCCAGGGCAAAAUCAGCAGCGUCCAUCAGGAGCCACACCGACUCUAAACGAACUGCUGACGUCCCCUAACCCCGUUAUGCGAGGUUAUGGCAGUGGGUACCAAGAUUACAAUAACAAUCCGUCCGCACAGCAAGCAAGCAUGGGGCUGGGUAAAGACAUGAGCGCCCAAUAUGGGUCCGCUUCCCACGGCUGGGGAGGUCAACAAAGAAAUCACCCGGCAAUGAGUUCUGGAAACAACGGGCAAGGUGUUACCAGAUCCCAGGUGGCUCCCAUGGAAUCCAUGGCGAUGAAGCGCUCUCAUCUCUAUGGUAUGGGCGGCAGCCCCUACUCUCAGCACCAGCAGGGCGGGGCUUACCAUGGCCAGCCAUAUGGAUCACCUGCUCCUCACCAGUAUCCAAUGGGAACACAGGGAAGAGGUCAGGUGGGCAUGAGUGGAAUGCAGUACCCUCCACAGCAGCAGAUGGCGACUUCUUACGGCCAUCAGGCCAUGGGUGGAUACUGCCAGCAGGGUCAGCCGCCGUACUUCAGCCAGCCCAUGCAGCCUGCCGCCCAGCCGCCCUAUGCGCAGCCCCGUGCACCCCCGCCGCAGGAGAUUUCAUCAGACGGCUAUGGAAGCAUGGGCCAGACCUCGGUCACCGCUGGGAAGCCUAUUGAGGACUUGGGUCUCACACAGGAGGACAGACCCUCCAGCCUGCCGGACCUGUCAGGCUCCAUUGAUGACCUGCCCACAGGCACCGAGGUUGGCCUGGGUGCCUCUGCCAGCCAGGGCCAACCGAGCACCUUCUCCCCCGGCACCUCCCCACACCUUGCCGGCUCUCGCCCGUCGCCGCCACCCCCGGUGGGACCUACCCCCAGCCGCCAGGGGCCCCUUUCCCCGGCUACAGGUCCAGGCACCCAGCUGGCCCAGCAGAGUGUGGGAGGUGUGACUGACGCGGGAACUCACGCCACGAUGAGCCAGUCACCCAUGUCCCAGGAGAGGGGGUUCACUUCCAGCAUCCAGCGAAAUGUCCCAUCCUCCCAGUUCACCCCCCAGCAACCCGGGCCAUCCAUAUCGCCCCGCCCCAUGCACCACAUUGGGGGGCCCUACCAGCAGGGAGGCACUGGCGGACCCACCUACGGACACCAGGGUGGACAGUACGGACCUCAGGGUAACUACCCCCGGCUGCCCGGAUACGGAGGAGCCCCCGCCGCCAGCUAUGGUGUCCCGGGCUCUGGCGUGGGCAGCAGCCCCAUGCAUGGUCAAGGUCCUGGCCAGCCCUGUGGUUCCAUGCCAGCUGGGCGUGGCGUGGGCAUGGCAGCGGGCGUAGGGAGCCGCCCAUAUCCAGGCAACACUGGCGGCCUGGCCCCCGGCUCACCUGGCAUGCCCCAAUCGUCAGGGCCCGGGAUGGGGAGACCACAGCCCAGCGGCGGCCGCAAGAGCCAGGAGGUAGCGGUGUCCGCGAUGCAGGCCGGAGGGAGCACCACGACAUCCAGGCAGGGAAGCUACCCUGGUGUGAAUCACAUGGGCAUGAUAGGCAGCGCUGCGCCUUACAGCCAGCCAGUCGGGAACAGCUCUGGGAGAAUGACCCCACAGGCCCCGCCCUACAAUGUCCCGCCCUCAGGACCCCUGCCAACAGCAGCUGAUGGCAUGAUGCCUCUCGACCCAAAACAGAAGCUGGACAGCAAGGAGGAGAGUGCUGGCCUGGAGCCCCAGAAGGCAAAGGACGGUUACCUCUCCAGGUGUCCGUCACGGCCACCCACCCCCUCAGCGCUGUCCCCCAGCCCCGCCAGCCUAUCCUCGUACCACGGCGACGACAGCGACAGCAUCAGCAGUCCUGCCUGGCCCCGCACUCCCUCCAGCCCCCAGAAGCCCAACUCCUCCUCCACGCUGAGCGGUGAGAAGAUCACCAAGCUCUACCAGAUGGGUGUGGAGCCGGAGCGCCAGGCGUGGGUGGAGCGCUACCUGGCCUUCAUGGAGGAUCGCGGCACGCCGGUCACUAGCCUGCCCAGCGUGGGCAGGAAGCCGCUGGACCUGUGCCGCCUCUACAUGUGUGUGAAGGAGAUCGGUGGCCUCGCCACGGUGAAUAAAACCAAGAAGUGGCGGGAGUUGUCUUCCCACCUGAACAUGGGCGCCUCCAACAGCGCGGCCAGCUCCCUGAAGAAGCACUACAUUCACUACCUGUUCGCCUUUGAGUGCCAAGUGGAGCGUGGGGAGGAGCCCCCGCCCGAGAUCUUCGCCACGACCGACUCCAAGAAGCAGCAGACGCCCAAGAUUCAGCCGCCAUCUCCAGCUAACUCUGGCUCCCUGCAGGGCCCCCACACACCACAGUCCACAGGCAGCAGCUCAAUGACGGAGGCGGGGGGUGACUUGAAGCCGCCCACACCAGCCCCACCCACACCUGCUCCUCACACGCAGAUGAUCCCGCAGCAGGGUAGCAGGAACAGCAGCACUGUCAGUGUGCAGGACCCCUUCGCAGAGGUCAAUGACCCCGUCUUCCAGAAAUGCACUCCUAUGAACCCUGGGGCACCUUACCACCCCCAGGGGGGCAACAUGCCAGAGGCUGUGAUGAGGAUACAGUAUGAGGCCAACAAGGACCCCUUUGGUGCUGCAAGGAAGGGGAUGGCCCCAAACGAGCACUUUGGGGAAGGCCAUAUGGCCGGCAGCGGCAUGCAGGAAGCAUAUGGCCGGGGGCCACCUCCGGGGGCCAUGCCUGUCCCGGGCGUGGGCCAGCGCCCCCAGUACCCUUACGGCCCCGGCUAUGACAGGAGACCGGACAAUGUGAUGGGACCAGAGGGGGGCAUAGUUCCCCACCAAAGUCAGAACAACAUGGCACCCUCUGCUAAUGACUCGGGACUGUAUUCUCCAAACAGAUACCCCUCCCAGCUGAGGCACGAGGGCUACGGACAGCAGUAUUCCCACGGCAUGCCAUAUGGAGCCCAUCAGCCCGGAAUGUUCCCCCAGCAGCAGGGCUACAAACGGCCAAUGGAGGGGAUGUACGGCCCCCCUGCGAAGCGCCAUGAGGGGGACGUGUAUGGUGGGCCCUAUGGAGGGCAGCAGCCAGAUCCAUAUGGCCCCUACGGCAGCUAUUCGGGCCCUGAACGCCGGCCCAUGCAGAACCCCUUCCCAUACGGUUAUGGACGGGAACGCAUGCCCCCCUCAGGUCCAGUGCCCCCACAUGCAAUGGGCUCUGGUGAGGGGCCCCAGCCCAGGAUGUGGCCCUCCAGGACAGAUGUGAACUACCCCUAUCCAACUAGGCACGGUCAGGGAGCGACCUACCCUUUGGGCCGCGGGGACGACGGUGAAGGCCUGCCAGGCCAGGACAGCUCGUGGCCCAGUGCCACUGGGCAGCGCCAGCCGUCUUUUCACCCCUCGGCCACCUCCCCCUCUUCCUCCUCUGGACCGAUGCCCCAUAUGACCACUAGGCCGCCGCCACCCUCGUCAUACCAGACACCCCCCGCCAUGGCUGCCAGCCAUGUUCCCCGGGACCCCAGUCCCGCCCCUUUCCAGCGCUCUAUGGAGGUGCAUCCAUCUCCCAGCAAGGGCCACUUUAUGGCUUCUGUAAAACCGCCAAAGCCAGGCAUGCCUGUCCCCAUGCCGGGGCCCGCCCCAGCUCCCGGGAUGCCUGGCCAGGCUCCUCCUCCGGUCCUCCAGCGAGAGGUCAGCUACCCCGCCAGUUCGGUGGAGGGCACACAGGCACUGCUGAAGCCACGUCGUAAGCUGACCUCCAAAGACACCGGAACCCCAGAGGCCUGGCGUGUGAUGAUGUCCCUCAAGUCAGGCCUGCUGGCAGAGAGCACCUGGGCCCUAGACACCAUCAAUAUCCUGCUUUAUGAUGAUAGCACUGUGGCCUCCUUCACCCUCUCACAGUUGCCUGGAUUUCUGGAACUAAUCGUGGAAUACUUCAGAAGGUGCCUGAUAGAGAUGUUUGGGAUUCUGAAGGAGUAUGAAGUGGGAACACCUGGACAGAAGAUACUUCUAGGACCUACGCCAAGUCAGAAGGAGGAGGAUCCUGCCCACCCGGAAGAAAUGGAUAAAUCUGAGGCAGAACUGGGAGAGGAGGAUGGAUGGGCAGCAAAUGAUGAGGCACUUCUCAAUACCACUGAGGAGGCAGUGUCAGACAACAUCAGGGAGGAGCCUCCAGAUGAGCCACAUUUAAAGGGGAUGGAUGAGGAAGAGCAUGAGGAGAAGAGCAAGGACCUCUCAGAGGCAAUAUGUCCCCUGGAGCCCCGGCCAAAACAGGCUAGCAGGUAUGACAAAUUCCCACUGAAGGUGGAAGACAAGGACUGGGAUGGGUCACAAGAAGACCUGCUAAACGGUGAGGGCUUCACCAGCGGGUUGCUGCACUGGCAGGCAGGUGGGGGGGACUCCACUGCCCACAUCCAGACCCACUUUGAGAGAAAGACCAACAGCCUGUGGGGUAGGGAGGAGGAGUUGGAACCAGUAGAGGCCAAUGAGAAGACUUGCCACAACAGGGCACCCUGGUGGCCAUCAGUUUCCUUUGAGUUUGACACCCUGGAGGAUGAACCACGUUGCCGAGACGAUGCCCCUCUCUCUGUUGCUGCCAACUGGCAGGACUCGCUGGCACGGCGGUGCAUCUGCAUCUCCAACGUUAUACGCAGCCUCUCCUUCGUACCUGGCAAUGACACCGAGAUGUCCCGGCAUCCAGGCCUGGUGCUGAUCCUAGGCCGGCUGGUGCUGCUGCACCACGAACACCUUGAAAGGAAAAGGCCUUCUGCAAUUCGCCGCGAUGGAGAAAGGGAUGGCGAAGAGGAGGACCGUGGUCUGGCCUGCAGCAGAGAUGAGUGGCGCUGGGAUUGCCUUGCCACACUGCGGGAGAACACUAUGGUGACCCUGGCAAACAUUGCCGGCCAGCUGGAUCUGUCACUCUACCCAGAAAGCAUCUGUUUGCCUCUCCUGGAUGGCCUCCUGCACUGGAUGGUGUGCCCCUCGGCAGUAUCCCGGGACCCGUUUCCAACGGCUGGGCCUUACUCUGCACUCACCCCACAGCGACUUGUACUGGAGUGCCUGUGCAAGCUGAGUGUUCAGGAUGGCAACGUGGACCUCUUGCUGGCCACGCCACCUAUGAGCCGGCAGCAGCGGCUCUACACAGCUUUGGUGCGCCAUGUGGGUGAGCGCCGCAGCCAGGUGUGCCGCGAGAUGGCGGUGGCUGUUCUGUCCAACUUGGCCCGUGGCGACCCUACAGCAGCCCGGGCUAUAGCCCUGCAGCGGGGCGGCAUAGGCAGCCUGAUGGGAUUUCUGGAGGACGGUGUGGCCGUGGCGCAGUACCAGCACGGCCCCCACGGGCCCCCGCACCCCGAGCCGCCGAGCGUCAGCAUGAUGUGCCGGGCCGCCAAGGCGCUGCUGGCCAUGGCCGAGGUGGAGGAGAACCGGCCCAAGUUUGUGCUGUAUGAGGGCCGGCUGUUGGACAUCACCGUGUCCUCUGUGUUGAGCGCCGCUGUCUCCAGCAUCCUGUGCCAAGUGCUCUUCAAAAUCGGCCGCUUUUGACUGGCACCUUGACGGCCUCUAAGAGCAGAUGUCACAUGCAAUUGCUGGUAUUAUAUUUUUAUUUAAGGGAAAAAAUUAAAUAAAAAUGUUUUGUAUAUGUAUAAAUAAAUAUAUAAAUAUAUAAAAAUAGCUCCCCAGCCCGAUUCACGGUUUAAUUUUGGAAUUUUUGAAAUGAUUUUAAUACAGAUAUUUAAUACUUGCUGUGGUAUGUGUUUUUAAUAUUUUUCCUGUCUUUUUUUUAAUAAUUUGAUUUGAACAAGAGUUGAUAUAUGCUCCUUUUUGUUGUCUCUUAUAUGUAUGUCUCUUGUUUUAUAUAAUUGUUCUGAAUCAGUUUGCUUUCAAUUAAUAAUUUAAAUUGUGAUAAAUAUUGUGGAUGGUUCUUCUGCCACAUUAUUGAGAAGAAAAAUGAUUUUACUCGUAUAAAUAUACCCAUGUUUAAGAAAGGCUUGUGCAAUAGGAAUCACGGCAGGUUGGCAUGGUAACAGGCUGGCUGUCAGUUAAGUGUGUGUUUGUUCCCUCCUACACCAUGCAACACAAAAUCAGUGUUGCAUCUGCCUACCAGUCAAAGAAAAAAAAAUACUCCCUUCUCCACUCCUGGAGCAGUCUCUUUAGUACUUGUAUUACGUUUAUUUUGUAUUCGGCAGUGGGCUGAGAUGUAAAUAGAUCUUGUACAUUGAACAAACGUACCUUUGUUUUAUUCUUUGUAUUUCGUUGUUUUUAGUUACCUGCAUACCUUUUUUUCCAGGUGAUAUGACUACAAAGUGACAGUAGUUGUUAAUUCUAAAUAUUAUUUGCUGUUACCGUUAAUUUUAUUUAGUCUAUUUCAUUGUUUGGGUUCACAUCCUAAAACAAAGGCAAAGUCGUAUCCUGUGUGUAAGAAGUUGCUGUGCUCUCAGCACGGGUGUGUACCGCUUUGUGAGCCCCAUGUUGGACUUGUUUCAUUCUGGGGAAUAAUGUAUAAGGUUAUAAAAGACAGAAAGACAUCUAUCCUAUCCAUUUCUUUUUAAUUCCCCGCAUGUGAUGCGGAAAAGGAAAGUUAUCCUGGGAUGAUGACAGAAACCAAUUAAAACUGAAUAACAGGACAAAGAAAAUCCUACACCGAUA